AUGAGCGAAAACGACGUAACCCAAGUCCGGAUGCGAAGUCAAGUCACCAUCGAUCAACGCGGCACAGAUCAGAAGAUGAAGAAGACUCAGGGAGGAGAACAGAGCGGCAGGGUAGCAGCGACGACCGGCUUCGCAAACAUCGACAUCAUCAUCGCUCACACCGCAGCAGCGGACGGCCACGAGAUGAUACAGAGCUCGAAAGACCACCGCAGUCGCGAUAGACCGCACCGUCACUCGUCGACUGAGGCCGAGCGCGACUCUCGUUCAUCGCAUAAGCGACGAAGAGAAUCGCUGUCGCCGGAUCGCGAUUCCGGCAGCGAAGAGUCAGAAGGAGAGUGGGUUGUGGCUGCACCUCCACCACCACCUUCAGCUUUGUCAGGUGACGCAGUCUCGAAAUCUGAAUCGCGCGACAGCACGAACGGCAAUCAUCCAACCGACGAAGUCGCAGCAGAUUCGGAUUCGGAUGAUUCGGAAAUCGUCGGGCCGACCCUGCCGUCAUCUCUCAAAGGCAGAAAAGGUCCGACGCUGCCGACAGUCUCAGACGUGCAGCAUCAAAACAGCGAGAUCAUGGACGCAUCUCUCGAGGAAAUGCGGCUUGCUCGCUUGCGGGCAUUGGAGGCUGCCGAGACGAACCUCGCAGGCGCAGUCGACAAUCUUAUAGCUGGGGGCUUCAACGACCCGAGUGCGGGGCCAAGAGACAAGAAGGCCGAGAAGAGAAAGAUGGCAAACGAAGACCGCAAAGCGUAUAUCCGCGCGUUGUCUCCGGGUGGGGUAGACGAAGUUGGCGACGAUGAGUUGUUCGAAGGAUCAGUGGGCGAAGGGCCGAAAGAAAAACUCAGCGAAAUUGCGCAACGAAGGGCGGAAAAGGAACGGAUUAAACGCGAGAGGAGGGAGGCGAAAUUUCGAGAGCGCGAUGCGGAGAGAAGAGAGCGGUGGAGUGAGAUGAAGAUAAAGGAGGAGAAGACGUUGGCGAUGCUUAAAGAGCUGGCGAAACAGCGGUUCGGAGAGUGA